AUGGCAAGGAAGUCUGCGGUGCCGGGCGAGCACGCUCUCUUCCAGCCGGCAUUGGAGGCGUCUGAGGGUCAUCAGUUUGUUCCUCCAGCCUGGCUUCCAUCUAUGGAGAUGGUCGGGAUUGAUAGGUGGCGAGCCGGUGUUGGUGAACUUUAUAAGUCAACAUUUCAGUACUACUUUGUAUUUCUCCUCAGUCCACUGUCAGGAGGUGCCCAGACCGAGAUGAAGAAGGUAGUCGGGGACAACGCUACCUUACCUUGCCACCACCAGUUCCAAUCAUCUGGCUCAAUUGACAUUGAGUGGCUGCUACAGAAACCUAACUCCAAACAGAAAGUGUUAAUUUCGUUCUUCAGUGGCCACGUAUACCUGUACAGUAAUGAGGCAACGAGCACGGAUGCCAGUCGCUUGUCCUUUGCUGGGGAGUACCUUGGAGGAGACGCUUCCCUGCUGAUUAGUGACCUGCUGCUGACUGACUCAGGAGAGUACUACUGCAAGGUCAAAACAGGGGGGAAGUACCACUGGAGCCAAGUCAACCUCAUUGUGCUGGUGAAACCCUCAAAGCCCACCUGUCGGAUGGAUGGCGAUCUCCUGGAAGGUAGUGACGUCAAGCUGAGCUGUAAGUCCAGUGACGGCUCUGACCCCAUCAACUACAAGUGGGAGCGAGUUCUAGACAAAGGCAAAAGCCUGGGCAAAUUGCCAAACAUGGCACUGAUUGAUUUGAAGAAUCCUGAACUGGUGACUCUGCGGAACCUCACCAUGGACAGCACAGGUGUCUAUAGGUGCACGGCUAGCAAUGACGUGGGAGAGGAGAAUUGCACCAUUGAGGUCACAAUGGAGCAUGUGAGGGAUAUGGGUAAGGUGGCUGGUGCAGUAGUGGGAAUUUCCCUUGGUGUGCUCAUUGUCAUAUUAAUCAUCUGGCUUGUCUUCCAAACGAAGGAGAAAAAAAAGUAUGAGGAAGAGGAGACUCCCAAUGAGAUAAGGGAGGAUGCAGAGGCUCCCAAGGCUAAGCUGGUAAAGCCAAACUCCCUGUCCUCAUCCCGAUCCGGCAGCUCACGCUCAGGUGCCUCCUCCACCCAAUCGAUGGUGCACAACAGUGCCCAGCGCGGCCACCGCCCACGCCCACCUGCAGUCGCAGCGCUCAAGGAAAAUGGACAACCUCCGGGCUUUCCCCAGUCCCCUCCAGCCUACACUUCUGUGGUGCCACCCAAGACCCCCGAACCCCACACCACUCCCAAAUUCAACUCCAGGAAUAUGUCUGGGCCAACACCCCCAACCCUCAUGGUCCCGGCCCAGACCAAAGCCUUCCAGACUGUGUAG